AUGGCGACCAAGACCAACGCGCCCCACCUUUCCUGCGCAAAGGUGGUGGUACUUUUUGCGCUGCUUGUGUAUCUGGCUGUGAACGAAGUCACGGCAGACUCGAUAUCUAAAGAGGACACGCGCUUCUUAGAUACUGUGAACUCGCUAACUAUGAUGCACAAAAAUGUUUCGGUCAAGCGACACUUGAAGGUGAAUGUGGACAUGCCGAUAAAUGGUCGUGCUGCUGACCCGUCUGAAGAAAGGGCUGCAUUGUUGGGUAUUCGUGAGUUUGGCACCAAAGUGAAAUCAAGUCUGUCACGUGUCAUCGAGGCUAUUCGAGUGAGAUGGUUGUGGUUAGUAGGGCGAAAACAUGAGGAUAUGUUAAUACGUCUUAAAUCUCGUUACGACCUGAAAGGCGAGGAACUAGUUAAAAAACGGGCCUAUUUCCAGUGGGUCGCUUUCGUUAAAUUCGUCUCAAAAUCUCCGGAAGAGGAAAUGUUCUCGACCUUGGCACGUCACUACAACGACGAUGAACUGAUCGAUAUCCUAGGCUUCACCGCUAAAAAGUAUGAUGCGAAGCUCAUGGGAUUAUUGGAUGCCAAGCGAUCUGGGAAUGAUGCGUUCAUGGAGUUGCAGCUUGACAAGGCAACGACAAAACUUUCCGAGAACCCUACCUUUUUCAGAUGGCUUGCUUUCCUUGCAGCAAAGGACCGGAACUUACUGGAACAAGAAAUGUUCUCUACCUUGGCACGUCACAAGACUCGUGAUGAACUGAUCGAUACUUUAGUCUUCGCGGCAAAGUAUGACACGGAGAUCAAGAAGUGCUUGGAUGCCGGGCUAUCUGUGCAAACCGCGUUCACGAGGAUGCAGCUCGAUAAAGCGACGACGAAACUUUCCGAAAACCCUGACUUUUUCAGAUGGAUCGCUUUCAUCGCUUUAACGGACAGGAAAUUACUGGAAUCUACAAUGAUAUGGACCGUGUCACGUCAUAAUACUGGUAAUCAACUGCUCGAUGCCAUAGCCUUUGCGGCUCAAUAUGAUCCAAAGCUCAUAAAGUUGCUAGAUCUCAAUAUCUCUGGGUAUGAUGCGUUUAGAGAGUUAGAGCUUCACGUCUCAACGACGAAACUUUCCGAAAACCCUGACUUUUUCAGAUGGCUCGCUUUCCUCGCAGCAAAGGACAGGAAAUCACUGGAACCACAAAUGUUCUCGACGUUGGUGCGUCAUUACCAUGGUGAUGAACUGGUUGAUGCUCUACACUUCGCCGCGAAGUAUGGUCCACAGCUCUCUAAGUGGUUAUUGGACCGAGAUGGGGAUGCUGUUUUUAUGGAGUUGCACCUCGACAAGGCAACUAUGAAGCCUUCCGAGAACCUUGACUUUUUGUGGUGGAUCGCUUUCCUCGCAGCGAAGGACAGGAACUUACUGAAAUCUGAUAUGAUAUGGACGGUGUCACGCCAUCUAUCUGGUGAUGAACUGGUCGAUGCUCUAGCCGUUGCGGCUCAUUAUGAUCCGGAGCUUCAGAGCUUGAUUUAUACUCAUCCCACAACGCCUUCGGACCUGGUCAAGCGUUUUGGUGCAACGGAAAAGGAAACUGUGUAUACGAAAAUGAUUGAGAUCUUGAAGCAAUUUUGUUCUACAGACAAAGAUCUGGACAAACUUCUAGCUGAGGGAUCAUACGCCGUGGGAGCGCAAUCUUUUUCUAUGACCAUGCUAUAUUCCCGUAUCUCACAGUGGCCAAAGAAGGGCAAGAAAGAUUGGACCAACAUAUUUAAAAUGCUGAAGCUUGACAAAAAAAUAGGACGUCCACUGUUUGAGCGACCUCAGCUGAAGCUUUUUGCAGAUUACAUGAAACCCUUGCCAAAGGAGAACAUGGAACAUCCCAGUGACUUCGAUAGGAACAUUUUUGAUACGGUAAAAACAGCUUACAACACCAAAGAGCUUCGCAAAUUGAUUGAUGAAUCAAAGUCCGACCCUUUCGGACUUGUAGCGACAAUAAGAAUCUUGCUAGAUGAACACGAGAAGUCUUCAUCGACAAGCACGAUGAAAAACUUGCUGGGAUUGAAGAAGCAAAACAAUAGUGGCGGUCGGUAG